CCACAUUUUACUGCUAAGCUCUAACCAACAAUGAAUAGCAUCAAAGCCGUGAUUGUGUGCUGCCUCCUGGUGGCCGUCUCCGCCGGUGUAGACCGAAGGGGAGGUGGACGAGGAUCCAACAGAUUCCUUCCUGGAGGCUUCGGUGGCGUCCACGGAGGCGGUCUCCUCGGCGGCGGUAUUCAUGGUGGAGGAAUCCAUGGUGGUGGAAUUCAUGGCGGAUUCCAUGGUGGUAGUGGUAUUAUCGGCGCUGGAAUCUCCAACGGCCCAAGCGAGUGCAGGUAUUGGUGCAAGACUCCGGAGGGUCAAGCCUACUGCUGCGAGACGGUGCACGAACCAGAGACACCUGUUGGCACCAAGCCACUCGACUGCCCACAAGUCCGUCCCACAUGCCCACGUUUCCAUGGGCCCCCCACAACCUGUUCCAACGACUACAAGUGUGCUGGCCUCGAUAAGUGUUGCUUCGACAGGUGUUUGGGAGAACACGUGUGCAAGCCUCCCUCAUUCUUCAACAACCACCUCCCAUUUUAAAGUUAAUUAGAAAUCAUCGUUAUCCGGUUGAUAACGGAAGAUAGGAAAUCUGUGAUAUUUAUUUUUUAAUAAAGCCUUAAAUAGUUAUA